UUGUUCUUUUCAUUUAUCGUUUCUACCAUAAACAACAAAAAUCAAACGGUGUAGUGACAUUUUUGAUGAUGAUUAUUUUGUGACUUACCAGUCACCAGCGCUCGGUUAGCUCCUAGCGGAUUUUGCCGAAUUGCCAAACUUCUCAUACUAAUUUCGAUGUUUUAUAAAAACCAACGUCCGCUUGUAGCUUUUGCAUACUCGUCGUUUAGUGUUUAGUGUUUUUCUGUUAAUUGUUAAGGCUUUAUAGUAUUCGCAUUGUUAGAUACCUUUUUUUCCACGGUACCUACUAUACAUAUCGUUUGCAACUCUAAACUCUUGACUCUAAGUCGAGUCAAUACGCUUCAUUACAAUGAGUGAUGAAAAAUUGCAGCAGGAUCAUAAAAUCACAACAGCAAAGUCAUCAACUAUUCCAAGUGUAUAUUCAGGAAUUCCAUUUAUGGGUAUGGUAGACCAAGGUGAUGUAGUAUUACAAUUUCAAACAGUACCAAAAGACAUAAUAUUGGACCUAAAAUUGGUUUCAUCUAAAGAAAGUUCCACUACUAUAAAUACAGAUCAAUCAUUAACUAAUCCAACAUUUAAAGUUUCUGUAAAUGGUAGUGGAGCUCAUGAAGAAAUAUCAGAUAUACCAUCAACUUCAACUCCAAUUGUUGGAACAUUAUCACUGGUGGAAUGUUCUACAACUAAAAUACAGACUACACAAAAUCUUCUUCUUUUUGAGUUUCCGAGAGCUAUUACAAUGAUAUCAUCAAUACCCACUGAUUUGAUGCAAGUUUUUUGUAUACCAUGUAAUAUAAUGUCACCAUGUGUACAACCAAGAAUUGAUUAUGAAUUACAGUUUAAAAUAUUUAAUGCUCUUAACAUACUUAGAAAUACUAAAUUUAUAUAUGGGCCAAAUUUGGUAAAUAUACUACCAAGAAUUGAUCAUUUAAAAUACUCCAUGAAAAUAUGUUAUGAUGGAAAGCAUCUUUCACCUUCAAUAGAUGUUUUUAAAAUCACGAGUGGAACACAAGUAACAUCAACAUUUAAAUUGAAAUGUGCAGAAAAAGUUUUAAUUACAAAACAAAAUAUAAAUGGAUUCAAUUUAUACUAUCCUUAUGUAAAAUUUCAAUAAUAAUGUAAUAAAUGCAAUUAACA